UCCAGCAUCCCCCCUCCGUCUGCCCAAGACGCAGGCGCGUCUCCUGAAGUCUAGUCCCAACCUCCCUCUCCUGUCUCCUUAUUCAGUUCCCCCUCCUCUUCCUGCACCUCCGCAGGUUCAAACUCUUCUCGGUGAGAGUGGCGGCGAUCACGAGGUCACGUGAUGAGCAUCCUGCUGCCCAACAUGGCGGAGUUCGACACCAUCUCGGAACUGGAGGAGGAGGAGGAAGAAGCAGCAACGUCGUCGUCGUCGUCGCCGUCGUCGUCGUCGUCGGUGUCUGGGCCCGACGAUGACGAGGAAGAUGAUGAGGAGGAGGAGGUGGAGGAGGAGGAGGAGGACGAAGAGGAAGGGGUAGAGGAGGAGGCGCCGCCCCCACCUCGGGUAGUGAGCGAGGAGCAUCUGCGGAGAUAUGCCCCCGACCCUGUGCUGGUGCGGGGCGCCGGCCAUAUCACUGUGUUUGGCUUGAGCAACAAGUUUGAUACUGAAUUUCCCUCAGUUCUAACAGGGAAGGUAGCCCCAGAAGAAUUUAAGACCAGCAUUGGCCGUGUGAAUGCAUGUUUGAAAAAGGCUCUCCCAGUCAAUGUUAAAUGGCUGCUGUGUGGAUGUCUCUGCUGCUGUUGCACACUGGGUUGCAGCCUGUGGCCUGUUAUUUGUCUCAACAAAAGAACCAGAAGAUCAAUUCAGAAGUUACUAGAAUGGGAAAAUAACAGAUUAUAUCACAAGCUUGCUUUGCACUGGAAGUUGACUAAAAGGAAAUGUGAAACUAGCAAUAUGAUGGAGUAUGUAAUACUAAUAGAAGUCUUACCAAAAUAUCCCAUAUUCCGACCUGACUGAGAAGUUUUAUCCAGUCACUUCUAUGUUACCUGUCAUUUCCUACCCUUAGUGCCUUGUAGAUGAUUUUGGAAUGAAGAUGGUCUUCUUUGCUGUAUUCAGCUUAUUCUUUAUAAUGGUAGAAUAUUCUCCUCACUCUUCUAUUUGUGUUGGUUUAAGAAGAAAAUUUGCACAUCUUUUUUGUUGUUGUUAAAUUAAGCUUGUGUUUUGCACUCUAAAAUUUUUAAAUACACAUAUACAUACAUAUAUAUAUACACAUACAUAUAUAUGUAUAUAUAUAUAUAUAUAUAGUUGCCACUAAAACUAAAACAUCAAUACUGGUGUUUAAAAAUGAAAACAACCUUGUUCUGAGCAUGCUGCCUUAUAAUUUUCAUACUCAGUGUUUCUAAAUAUGCAUCAUUUUUCUAGGCUACUUAAUGCUCUGUAAUCCCUUACUGAACACUUAAAUAAGCUUUUGGUAGCAUUUAGAAAUGGUUUUGCUCUGCUUUUAAAGGACAUGCAAUUAAUAGUUCUGGUUCUGUCCUGCACUUUGCUAAAUUAUUACUUUAUGUUAGUGGAUAAAAUAUUUAAACUUCUAAAGACUUGUAAAUAUUGUCUCUUUGCGUAAUGUAAAAUGUGGUAUGCCAUGGUUUACAGAAUGUAAUAUUACUCUUACUAUAUUGCCAACAAUUCUGCAUAGAUUUUUAAUAUGAAUGAAAUUUGCAAGCGUCCUUCUGAAUGUAGAGACCGUUAACAUACAGUUUUAUGGCAAAGCUAUGAGUUUGUUAAAAUUUCAGGUGUAGGACAGGGUUGCCCUUUGUGUAACAAGCAGAUCAAAAUUGAAAUCAUUAUCUCAGAUAUUGUGCAUUGCACCUGAAACUAAGGACCUUAUUUUUUCCCAUUUAUUCCAUAGUUCUCAUUUUGACCUUUACUCCUUCUAUCAAAAUAAUUUAUUUUACAUCUGAUACAUUUUAUAACCUCAGUAUUCAUUUCUUUUUUCUUUUCUUUCUUUUAUUUUUACAUAUUUACUCCCUCUGUUGAGAAUGCUCAGAAAUAUGACUUUUAAGAAGUAUUUUGAAGUUUCACAUAUCUUGAGGAGUAUCUAGACCCCCAUGAAAGCCACUGAUGACCCUUUUCUGGAGUUCAGAUAUUCUGUUCUGGGAAAGAGCUAGUAGAGAAACUAUGCCUAAGGAAUAUACUGUGGCUGACGCAUAGUUGAGAAAAUAUUCUCAAUCAUCUUUUUGAGGAUCUUUUUAAAAAACUUGGACAUUAUUAAAGAAAGACAGAUGUUUAGACAAAAAUAUUUUAGUUUACAAUUUUAACUCACAUGUAGCCAUUUGUUUGGUAUGUGCAUAUUUCUGUGUUUCUUUUCACAAAUAAGAUGGAGAAUACCACUCCAGUUUUAGUAGAAUGUGAAAUUCUAGCAUAACAAAAGCUUCAUGUCACAUUAAUUAACUGUAAAUGUAUGUCUGUGUGUAAGUGUUAUUUAUCAUUCAUACUGCUCAAAGUGAAAAGUGUCUGGGACUGAAUAAUAUAUUUGUCAUCCUCCUCUCACUGCUUUUAGUAAGCUUUGUAGGCAAGCAUUCAUCCCAGCGAAGAGAACAAUCAUUUAUUCACACAAGAUCAAGCCUUUUAUGCUACUUUUAAAUUUUAUGCCUAAUUUUAAAUCCACAACAUUUGACCAGUAAAAAAGGAGGAGGAAAAGAGAAACUUAUUUGAUACAUGAUUAUAAUUGUUUGCACAAAUGUUUUCCCACCUCCCUCUGUGGAGCCCCCUUUAUUCACAUGCCAAUUAGCAGCUCCAUAUCUCUAACUUUUAAUAUAUUGUGUGAGCCUGCAAAUAUGUAUUUGCCUCUGUAAAAUUGAAGGUGUAUUUUUAUAGAUAAGAUGGAAAUCUCUGAAAACGCAUACCCAGUGUUUUGUCUUAUAGCUAAGGUCAAGGAAAACUUGUAUGUGUGGUUUAUGUUCCAGCUAAUGUCAUCAAAUUUAUGCUUCAGACUGUGAAAUUUUAAUACCAAAAAUGAUUUCCAGCAUAAUACACAAUUUUUAAUCGUUGCUGAUAGAAUAAAUUGCUUCUUAGUAUCAACCUUUAAACUCUUAACUUUUUUCUGUAAUCUUGGAAUUUGACCAUUAGGUGAUUGUAACUUUUUCUGCCUUGUAUGUAUAUGUAUAAACCUCAUUUGGUUUUCCUCAAAGAACAGCAGGAAGUGGUGAAUUAUUUUCGUGAAACAAAUAUUAAGACAAGAAUAGAGUCUAUUGGAGGUGACAGAGUACGGUAUUUGUCAUAAAAAUCAUUUGUUGGCAUAUAUAACUUUUCUCUGCAGUGAGGGUGAUCCAAUCUAGGGCUUCGUGCAUAUGCUAGUCAAAUGCUCUACCUCUGAGCUACAACCCCAGCGUGUGAUUGUUUGUUUGUUUUGGAGACAGCAUCUAGCUAAGUUACCCAGUUGACCUGAAAGUUGUGCUUCUCCUGCCUAAGCCUCCCAAUUUUAAUCACUCUUAAACUGAUUAUUUUAUUGUUCAUUGUAAUGCUUGGCUAAUCUUAGUUACUUAGAUUACUCAGAAAGCACCGGUUUUCUUUUUCUUUUUUUUCUUAUAUAACUGCUGUUUCAAACUGUUUUCCCUUACAAGAGGCUGAUUAGCAGUUGGGUACUUUGGAGUGUUUGGGAGGGGAUUAUUUUCUUUUCAGUGAAAUUGGCAGCAUUGAAUGCUGAAAUGACAUUCCUCCCCCCCCCCCAAGUCUUUUUGUUUUAUCCUCAGGAUGGUGCAUACUUGUUUUUUCCAUUGGGUUACUAUUUUCAUGAGUUGUUUUUAGGUUGAAAAAAGUAAUUUUGAUUUUCUUUGUUACAUAAUACUGCUUUAUAAAAUUGGCCAUAGUUGCAUACAUUUGCCAAAGCACGUAAAUUUCAUUAGGCUUUGAGGUUACAAUGUCAGAGAUUUCUUUUAGAAUUCACAUUGGAAUGCCUCUCAUUUGAUCCAAGAUUCUAGCUUAAUAAAUUGAUCGAUAGCUAUCAAUUGUAGCUUAAUAAAUUGAUCACUGGCCAUUUUUAAACUCGUCCAAAAGGCCAGUACCAUUCAUAUUAUUAAUAACAAAUAUGGGCAAGUGUCAUUUACAGAUUGAUUCCAUCCCGAGGCAUGUCCUUUAUUCUUUGUUCCCUCCUACCUCCACGUUAAUUUCAAAGAGACCACUAUAGUCAGACAUUUGAAGUAGACGGAGAAGUGCCUUGUCUUUUUGGAACAAAGAUAACAUAUUACGUGGAAGGAAGCAGAAUGAAUGAAUCGAUAGAUUAUUACAUUAGAAAUCAUCCUCUUCAACUAGAUAUAAGAAUACUUUUCCAGUGUAUCAUAUUUUAUUUAUUAUGCGAAGUCUGUUUCCUUGUUUUCCUCUAAUCAUGUGACAUAUUAAUGACAGACUAUCACAGAAGAAGACUGUUAGUCACUUAAAAACUAGGAUAAUGUUAAUGCCGGUAAGCAUACUUUAACAUGGUUCUGGAAGGACAGUGGUCUUUGAUUGAAGCCCUACCAAAACCCACUUAAGUAUUUAAUGUCUAUACCAUUCAGAUUAUUAUGACCUAUAAACACUGAUGUCUGGGAAAUGAAACUUAAUACUUAUCAAUCUAUUUUAGUGAAAUUUUUGUUUUUUGAUAAUUUGAAUGGUUUGAUAACAUUUGUAAGCCUUAAAUAGGGAUUUUUGAAGAAUAUGAGAGCUUUAAAAUCAUUAGCAUUAUUUUCUUUAUAGAUAACUGCCACUUUAAAAAAAUUAAACCUUACUACUUCAACAUAAAGCCCCCAAAUGGUAUUUCAUUAGAAUAUACUGUAUUGAUAUAGGUAAAUACAAAGGAUGCAGAAAUAAUAUUCAUCCAGUGAUUAAUUGGAGCACUUUUACAUGGUGGAAAUACUGUUUGACAAUUUGAUUAUAAAUGCUCAAGUUCAUUAAAAUUAGGUUGUCUUGCAUCCAUAGAAGUCUGCUCUUUACAAAAACUAUUUUGCAGCAUUUGCCAAAUUCCAUUUCCCUUAAGUGGUGAACUUUUGGAGAAUUUUUCACAGAAUAGGAAUAGGUUUUAUUAAGAUCUGCACAUGCAAUAUAUAAGCUAAAGGAUAGGUGAUAGAAAGAUGGAUAGGUCGAGAUACAGAUAUAACCUGAUUAUAAACCAACCUUUUCAGUUUGAUGAUGGCAACCUGAGAAUAUAUUUCAUUUUCUAUGGGCUUUGUCAAACUCUUAUCAAAGGAAGAAAUGAUCUAAUGGUCUGGGCUCCAUAAAAGUCCCCUAAAUUGCAUGUCAGCCUCUUGAUCUGUAACAUUACAGAGUUGAACCUAGAGAUGAACAGAAAAUUAGAGAUUACCCAACACUGUGUGAUGCUAGCAAUUCUUAGCAAAUUUUUACUCUACAGAUUGUUAGAGUGCUUUUUCUCAGAUCUACCACCCUUGAGGGAAACUCUCACAGUGCCUUGCACGCAGUGAAAGUUCAGUUAGCUGGAUGGCUGUUAAUUCAAGUGUAUUAUUGUUACUCAGACUUAACCUGAUGCCUGCUAGACCUUAGUUCUUCCACGUAGGUAAAAGUGAAUGUAAUUCCCCAGGAACUGAGGACUGAGGUAUCUGCUGUACCUAUGUGGAAUCUGACUAUGCAGUUGAUAUCCAGGCAAGAAUUAUAGUUUUGACAAUGGAUAUAUGGUUUAACAUUUAUGUGGGGAAUUUCAUAUCUAACUCAACAUCUGCUUUAGUGUUUUAUCAAGUCCCAUACCCUCAAAAAUAUCUGUUGGAACAAACUGCUAAGUUUAGGUGGAAAGGAAAAUAAUGUGAAAUUCAAACCCAAGUCAGUUCUAGUUUAAUUUUUAGCUUUGCUGCCUAAUUCCUCUGUACCUCAUGUCCUCAUUGCUGAAGUGGGGACAAUAAUCUGUACCUACCUCACAGGGGAAUUGAGGAUUUUUUCAUGUAUCAAUGUAUUCUGAAGUUGAUUGAAAGAUAUACUAGUUAUCAUAAUUAUGUAAUUCCUAAAUAGAUUCACCCAAAUCUGUGUUUGUUUUCUUUCUCAGUAAGACCCUACAGAAUGAGUGUUGCAGUUGAUCUGUUUUUCAGUAAUAAAUUUUGUUAUUAAUCCCCUAUUUGUUAAACAUGACUAAUCGUAUUAUGUUAAUACUUGAUUAGGGAGGAAAAGCAGGUGGAGUAAACCAGUGGUUCCCAGUUUGGGGCAGAUGGAAAUAAAAGUGGGUGAGAUCCUUGAUCCUUUUAAAUUAUUUCAAAAAAUAUACUGGAAGUCAUACGUUGACCCGUAAUAUUUCUGCUACACAAGCCAAUUGAGACAUGGACUUUUCAGGCAUUUUGCUUAUAUUCUUUCAAUUGUGUCUGUAAGCACUGCUCAAUAACACUGAUUAGAAGCUGUGAAUAGCAUUAUUUUCAUUAAUAAAGAGAAGCCUAUUACAUGCAAUUUGUUAAAUACUUGAAAACAUGGAAAAGGAAUCAUGAAGAGAUUCACAUGAUGAAAAUGUUAGGAGCCAUUUUUAUAAAGGUACUAAGAUUACUUGACUCUCCACAGAUUGCUUACCUAGUCCCUAAAUAAUGAAAGUGUGUGUGUGUGCAUGUGUGUGUGUGUGUUUGGGAAAUUGGUCUAUAUAACUUCAGGUUAGAAUUAAUUUUCAGUUUUCUUUUUCAGGACAAUAUAACAGCUAAUUCACUGAGGUGUGUUCAAGUAAUUCAUAUAUAUACUAUAUAUAUAUAUGAUUGCAAAUGUGGGAAGUGUUAUGUCAUGUUUUAGCAUUGGAUUAUAUAUCCAUUUCUGAGUCCCAAAAGUAGUUCUGUGUAUAAACUCAACAUGAAUCAGGGCAAUAAUUUCUCAAAUAUUCUUUUUAUUUCUGUUUAUAUUAUUUAAGCUUUUAUCUUGGCUUAAUUUUCCAUUUUUCUAGUAAACAAAUAGUGUAAAACUGUUUUAAUGUGUGGACUUUGGGACAAGUUACAAAUGUUUAAAAUUAUAUAAGCUACAAGCUAGUUUGCUAUCCUUAGAGUAAUCACAAUCAAAUACAAGUCUCAGCGGCAAGAACAGAACAUCCUGAUAGCUAAAGUGGGCAUUGAUUAAAACAGCUGGCCAAAAAGCCUACGAUUUCUACCUUUUGGCAGAGGAUUCCCAUUGGGACAGCUUUAUGAGAAGAGAAUAAUAGUGGAUGUCCAUUCAAACAAAGAACUGUGAUGCUUCUUGUAGUGUUACAUAGCCUGUGGAAUCAAUUCAUGUUUCUCCCUUGAGUCCAGGUUGACUCCUCUGGAAGAACUCAACCUAUAUACAGCUGUGCCAAAAUAAAGAAUACUUGUCUCUCUGAAACUUUCACUGCUGCUUUUGUCAUUGUUUAUUUGUCAAAUGAAACUUUAUUCUCAGGAUGCAAAAUUAAAAUAAAGUGCAAAUCUAUAUAA